AUGGAUCCACAAAGCAGCACCGGACGAAACACAGAUGUUGAUUUUGAAGAUGCUGAAUUCUUCAGUUAUUACGUUCAAUUGGCUGAUGAAAGGGUUUAUAUUCCGGAGGUUGAAACAUCAGCUAUACCUGUGGUUGGCAUGCAAUUUAAUUCUAUCGAACAAGCAUAUGCGUUUUACCAACAUAUGCCAAAUCUUCAUAUGCUACCAGCUUAUAGGCAAUUAUCAGAAGUCCAAGAGGAAAUGAUAUGGGAAUUAGGUACUCUAAACGUUGGCCCGGUCAAAGCUUUUCAUAUAAUGAGAAAACGAUAUGGUGGUUUUGAGAAAGUUGGCGCCACUGUCGAUGAUUGCAAAAACUUUAGAGCUCGAAUUAAUAGCUAUAUAGGAGAAUAUGAUGCAGACAUGGUGAUCAAUAGGUUGACUGAUAAAAAAGAAUAUUUAGUGGAUUUUUCGUUUGAAUAUUCAGUUGAUGAGGACAAGCGGUUAACUGGUUUGUUCUGGGCGGAUGGGUUAUGCAAGCGUAACUUCACGGAGUUCGGGGAUGUUGGGUACGAGUUGUAUAAUAAUGAGGAUUUCAAAAGGAAAAUGUGUGAUAUUGUAUGGACAGAUUCCAUUGAGCCAGAAGUAUUUGAGAGAGAGUGGAAGUUGGUAAUGAUUGAGUUCGGUCUUACCGAAAAUAAAUGGAUUGAUGAUGUGUUUGUGAUGAAGUCCAUGUGGAUUCCGGAUUUUUAUCGGCAUAAGCCAAUGUCUGGAUUUAUGCGAACAACUUCAAGAUCAGAGAGUUCAAUCAUAGAAAGAAUGAUCAUUUAUCAAGAUAUACUGAACCUAACGAUUGGAGCAAAACUACUCCGAAAACAAUAUGUUGCUAAAGUCUACACCAGGUCUAUAUUCUUCGAUCAGCAGACAGAGAUAUACGGAACUAUUAGUGAAUGUCUGCUGAUGAAGACCAAAAUCAAAGUUGACCAGUUAAGGAUAUCGAUGAAAGACUUUAAAGUUCAUGGAAAAGGUUUUUUAGAGGUGUGUUUCAAGAAACUAGAAGAAGAUGUUGACGCAAAGGAUGAGCAAUACAAGGCUAAACAGAUUGCUCGUGAAAUCAUGUAUACAGGGGAGUAUCUGGUUAACAAUUUGAUUACUGACCUUGAUCAACUCGUUCUAGUUAGGGAUCAAAUGAAGGAGAUUAAAGAAAAAGUGGACCAGAGUCGUAUAACCAGGUCGAUUGAUCUGAAGUAUGACCGGUUCUCAAAGUUAAUUGGUUAUCAACAACUAGCAACUGAUGCACCGCCUACUGUCCGUGUCCCAACUGGUAUAAGAAACAAAGGUCGUAGCUCUCAUAAAUGGAUAAAAUCAAAGAAGGAACAAAUGAUUAGUCACAAAGGGAAGAGAAUAAGGACCUGUAGUGUAUGCAAUGGAAAAGGUCAUGAUAUUUGGACUUGUGAGGUAUUGAAAGGUAAAAAAGAAAAGAAGAUGAAGGGAAUCCAGAUUGACAAAGAUCCCAGCCCUGAAGUUGAUGAAGUGGAGAUUUCAAAGAUGAUAGUGGAGAGAGUGAUGAUGAUAGUGAAGAAGAUUAUUGGGAAGAGGUAUCAGAAAAUGAAGAUUAAAAAAAGUGUGAUUUUUACGUUUGUACAUGCGAUUUUAUGCGUUAAACAUGCGAUUUUAUGUACAUGA